UCUCGUUUUGCGUAGACCCACUCAUUGGAGGUUGACGCUGCUGUCCGCUCUCUGCGGGCAGUCAGGUGUAAUGGAGACACCGGAGCGCUGGAUUUGAGCAGCAGCCGUGUUAUCCAUUGGACUGUGAGGAUCCGUAACUGCACUCUGCAGGUUACAGGUAUAAGUUGUAUUCUGGAUGGGUGAUGGACAGAAACGCCGACCAGUUACAAGAUGCUGGCUCGUAACCGCUUCCUUCUUCUGGUGGUGGUGGGCGGGGCGGCGCUGGCUGUCCUCAGUUUCAGCCUCCAGUUUUUGAACCUGAUUUCCACCACUCCCAUGCUGGAUGAGCAACCUGUCCAGGCUGUAGAUGGAGGUUUCAGGGCUUUUCAGGGGAAAAGCAGAAAGCGAGUCUUUCCUGUGCAUCACACCCAAGAGCCCGAUCCCAUAUUUGAAGCCUACAGCUACUGUAACACCCCCAACCACACCGAACAAGCCUGGGAAGGUCACAGUCCUGCAGACUACAAGCUGCUGUCUGUUCAUGUGAUGAUUCGGCAUGGAGACCGGUACCCUCUCUACUCCAUCCCAAAGACCAAACGCCCCAGCAUCGACUGCACCCUGUCUGCCAGCAGACAGCCUUCCCACCCUCUGCUGAACCCCUUUAUUAAUCACAUGGACCAGGGGACCCGUGGCCACUGGGAGUCACCGCUGGGUUCCAUUUCACGUCUCCCCAACCACAGUGUCUGCGAGAUGGGAGAACUCACACAGACAGGUGUUGUGCAGCACCUUCGCAACGGGCAGCUCCUCCAUCAUGCGUACAAGCAUCACAGUCUGCUCCCCUCUGAUUGGUCACCUCGUCAGGUUUGGAUGGAGAGUACAGGGAAAAGCCGAACCCUCCAAAGCGGAAUGGCCUUUCUCUACGGCUUCCUCCCCAAUUUUGAUUGGACUAAAGUGACAGUGCGCCAUCAGUGGAGCACAUUGUUCUGUGGCUCAGCGUGCGAGUGCCCUGCCAGGAACAGAUACUUGGAGGAAGAGCAGAGGAGGCAGUAUCGGCUCAGAGUGGCGGACUCCAACCUGGAGAGGACUUACGUAGAGAUGGCACGCACUUUAGGUGUUCUCACUCGCCAGCUCCGUGCAGCAAACCCUAUAGACUCACUGCUUUGCCACCUGUGUCACAGCCUUUCUUUUCCAUGUGUUCUCAGUGGCAAUAGCGGUGCUGAUGGGUGCCUGACCAUGGCACAGUUUGCGGUAAUUCGUCAACAGCAGCUGGACGAUGAGGUAGAUAGAAGAAGAGUUGGAGUUUACCGUAAAUACGCCAUCCUAGCUAUGUACCCCUACCUUAACAGAACUGCUAACAAGAUGGAACGAGUUGCAAAGGCCACCGAGGCAGGUCGACAGCCUCGUCUAAAUGGAGAGGAGGUCUUCACCCUUUCUUCAGGUCAUGAUGUCACCAUGGCCCCAUUGCUUAGCGCCCUGGGACUAGAGGAGGCCAAGUUUCCUCGCUUUGCAGCAAGAAUAGUCUUUGAAAUGUGGAAAAGCCCACAUACAACACAAGGCCAGGCGAAAAACAGAGCAGGAAAAGGUGAGAGGUCAAAAUCAAAUUCGAAAGAUGGGGAAGUGUUCAUCAGAGUGCUGUACAAUGGUGAAGAUGUGACAUUUCACACCGCUUUCUGUCGUUCUAACGAGCGUCACAUCAGCCAGCUGCUCUGCCCUCUGAAAAACUUCCUAACCUUUGUCAGGAAGGACAUGUUCACUAUUGUCAAUGCUACUUCCUACAAGGAAGCAUGCUACAAGCAGUCAGGCUGACAGCUGGAGAGCAAGGUCGCAGAGUAGGGACGCUUGGUCAUCAGGUGGUUGUGAUUCCCUAGAUUUUUAAGUUUAGGAGAAGGUGCUCUUUAAUGCCACUCAUGAUAUCUGGCAUGUUUCGGAAAAUGUUUCUCCACAUUCCCACACGAGAGUGACAAAUAUGCGCAAUCAUUUAUUUGAGACAUUCACUUCUGAUCAUCUUUUAAUCUUCGUCUAAUCAGCUCUUGUGUGAUUUUUGUUUACUGAGAACUCCUCUAAUUGAUACCUCAAGGAAAAUUGAAUGGCACUUUAUUCUUUUAUUCUGUAACUGAAGGGAAUUAUAAAUUUUCUUCAUGGCCAAGUAAAGGCAAGUGAGAAGGGGUAAUGAAAAUACAGACACAGUGCUGGAAUAAUAAUUACUUGGGAAUAUUUUGUAUGAUGCAUCCUUUUAAAGAGCAUUUGCAUAAUUAAUUAAACUCAAUUAAACUUGAGUUACUUUGUUUUCCUGUGAGUUUGUAGCUCAACAUCAAUGUGGCUCUACUUGACUGCGGUACUUUCUCUGUGUAUUUUUUCUAAUCAUCUGAUGACAUUCCAGAUUAAGUGAACUUUUGCUUCAUUAUUUGUAAAUCUAAUGUUGGUUCAUUUUAAUCAAACAUUUCUACCCAUUGAAAUAAACGUCAUGUUUCCUGUAA